AUGCAGUCAAAGCACUUCCUCGAGACCCCACUGAUAAAGUCCAGCUAUUUAUCGAAACGCCUCAAUGCGAGCAUAUAUCUCAAACUCGACAAUCUUCAACCCUGCCAUUCAUUCAAACUCAGGGGAAUCUCGCAUUUCUUAGAGCACCAGCUCAAGAUACACGGGCCAACCGUGCAUGUCAUCUGUGCGUCCAGCGGAAAUGCUGGGAUAGCUGCUGCGUACGCGUCCCAAGCACUAGGACUGAAGUGCACGGUUUUUCUGCCAGAGGGCGUCCACCCCGCAACUACCGAAUACCUGAAAUCCUUGGGGGCAGAGCUGAAAGUGACACCAGGGAGAUACUUUGUGCAUGCUCUGCGAGCAGCAGAAGAAGCAGUGAAAACCGAACCGAACGCUGUUUUAGCGCCUGCGUAUAACGACCCUCUCAUUUGGGAGGGCCAUUCGUCUAUGAUCCAUGAAAUAAAACGUCAACUUCCGAGUGAGAUUGCAAAGCCUGAUGCCAUACUAUGCAGUGUAGGCGGCGCAGGCCUCCUUGGAGGAGUGCUCACGGGCUGCAAGGACGUAGGAUGGGACGACGUCCCUAUAGUAGCAACCGAAACCCAUGGCGCGAACGGUUUCUGGGAAUCUGUGACCGCAAACCGUAAUCCAUCGAGCAUCCCUUCAGAGGGUGCCACUAUCCGCAGAGACGAAGUACACGACGUGAAAGUGGCACAUAUCCAGUUGAGCUCCAUAGUGACCUCGCUAGGCGCCAACUACCCUGCACCUGCUGUAGUCAAGAUGGCACUAGAUAGGCCGGGGAGCGUUCGCUGUGUGACAGUUCCGGAUGAACUGACAAUGCAGUUAACGACGAUGUUCGCAGACUCUCACAAAUUGCUGGUUGAGCUUGCCUGCGCCGCCACACUGGCCGCCGCCUACAAGCCGGAGCUCACGUCGCAUCUCUUCCCUGUCACCGAUUCCGGCGAUGGCAAGGAGCGAGUGCUCGUGUUCGUCAUAUGCGGAGGGUUUAAAAUCAGCGUGGAAGAGCUGGCGGAAUACCGUUCCGUCAUCGACAACAUCCCAAAAGGGACGCAGUGGGAGGUUAAGGUAGAUGAUGACGUGGUGAAGGUAGAUGUUCAUGGAACGUAGCGGUAAAACG